AUGGCGAGUCUUAGCGUUCCCCGCCGCAUGAGGGCUGCGCAGAUUGCAGAGUACAGCAAGCCGUACGAGCUCGUAGAGAAAGACGUCCCAUCCAUCCGUGAAAAUGAGCUUCUUAUCAGAGUUCAUGCAGCCGGCUUCUGUCACUCCGACUUGCAGGUUCUGCAAGGACAGUUCAAGUCUCCUCUGGGCAUGAUCCCAUCACACGAACCUGCCGGCGUUAUUGUGCAAGUUGGGGCCGGAUGCAGCACUGAUUGGAAAGUCGGCGACAGAGUUGGAGCCCUCAAUUUCAAAAACUCUUGCGGGGAGUGCAGUGGCUGCAGCUUGACGAAACGCACCGGCAAUGAAUUGGAUCCCAGGUUUUGCGAUAAGCGGGAAACGGCCGGCUUUCAGCACGACGGAGCUUUCGCAGAGUAUCUCACGAUUGAUCCAGAAACGACAGUCCGGUUGCCGCCCUCACUACCGUUCGAUCAAGCCGCACCGCUGAUGUGCGCCGGUGCGACAGUCUGGGGCUCGUUAGAAAGAGCGACGGCGGGGUUGAAUCCCGGUGAGACUGUGGCCAUCGUCGGCAUAGGCGGUCUCGGCCACCUCGGCCUACAAUUCGCAAGUGCCAUGGGCUUCCGCACGAUAGCUAUCGACAGUCGACCUGCUGGGAGGCAACUGGCAGUCGAGAUGCCCAACGAAAAUCUGAAGCCAGCGUUGGUAGUCGACUCCAGCGUGGAGGAUGCCACCAGUCAAAUUCUGAACUUUACAAACGGGGAAGGGGUUGCUGCUGCGGUGGUUUGCACGGAUUCUCUGGCAGCGAACAACUGGGCCCUGACGAUUCUAAGGAUUGGCGGUGUCAUGGGGGUUCUCGGUCUACCCGCCGAGAAUUGGAGAUUUGAUUCCAGUGUUAUUGUUUUCAAAGAGCUGACCAUACGCGGAAGCUAUGUUGCAGUCGACUACGAUUACAACGCUCCCGCAAUCGGCAUCUUUCGUAUUGUGGAGCUGGGGUCAACAGGCGUCCCCGACUCAUGCUUCACAAGUUCACUACCAUUAUACCCCAUUAAUCCUAUCGCCUUCUCCAACAUAACUCCAAGACGCGACCGUUGGAGUCGUGGAUGGCGGGGUCAGUUUCCCAUCGCGCCCACUAUUGUCGACUUCAUUCUUGACAACCCUGUCCAGCAGGGCGACGUCGAGAAGCUCCUCCAACCGCUCGGUUUGACUGUCAAACCCGAAGAGUCGGCCGACUACCAAAGGCUACUGGCCGCGGUUCACGACUGCGCGACCCGCAUCGACAGUCUUCCUGAUUACCAACCGGUCCCAGAUACCAAGAAAUACCCCCGCGAGAACAUCCAUCUUCCGACGGUUGAAGAGCAGGAGUUCGGUCAUGCGUGGGCCCACCGAUUUAUCAUACGGGGCGAUCAGUCUGCGAAAGAUCCAUCUUCUGGGUCUCUGAAGGGCAUGACUGUCUGCUUAAAGGAUUGCAUAGCCGUUGCUGGCGUUCCGCAGUUCUACGGCAGCGAUGCCUUUGAGCCGUGGAUUCCUUCUACAGACGCGACAGUAGUGACCCGAGUUUUGGAUGCCGGCGCAGAUAUCCUCGGCACGGCAACGUGCGAGCAUUUUUGCAACUCUACGGCGUCGUUCACCAGUGCCCAGGGUACUAUCGAGAACCCAUAUAAAGAAGGAUACUCUACGGGAGGCAGCACUUCCGGUGGUGCUGCUCUGGUUGGGUCUGGAAAGAUCGACAUCGCCAUAGGCACUGAUCAGGGCGGAAGCAUCAGAGUCCCUUCGGCAUUCUGUGGUUGUGUCGGCGUGAAGCCCACUCAUGGCCUAAUCCCUUUCACGGGCUUCACGAGCGGCGAUCCGAUCGACGACCACGCCGGUCCCAUUUGCCGCUCGGUUAUGGAGGCCGCUAGAUGCCUAGAUGUUUUGGCAGGCUAUGACGGCAUCGACGAUAAAUCAUUGGGCGCUGCGGCACACGGAUCGUACAAUUUCACCAAAACACUUCGCUCAAGCCAGGGACGUCUCGACGGAGUGAAGAUCGGCAUUCUCAAGGAAGGAUUUUAUCAAGAAAUAGUUGACCCCAGGGUCAGGGAUCACGUUCUGGCGGCCGCUCGGAAGUUGGAGACGCUUGGGGCUUCCAUUGAAGAGGUUUCGGUGCCACUUCACCUCGAAGGUCCUUCGAUAUGGACUAUUCAGCAACGUAUCUCUGGUUCCUCGGGCAUCUUGGGUCGUUCCUCGGGCCACAGGGGUCUCGGCCUGACAGAAUUCGAAAAAGCACGACUUCCGUUCACCGAUCCAAGCUUCCAGAAGCUCUUCCCGUCCACCAAGAACACAGUCAUCAACGGCCUGUACUUGGCGGAUAAGUUCCCUGGUCUCUACAGCAAGACUGUCAACAUUGGUCGGCAGAUUAGCGAUGCUUACCAGCAGGCGUUCGAGAAGUACGACGCCAUCAUCAUGCCUACAACCCCCUUCGUAGCCCCACGACAUGGUUCACGAGCCUCAGUCCUGGGGUCCUUUGAACCCACUAUCGGUCUAACGACCAAUACUGCGAUUUUCAACGUGACGGGGCAUCCGGCUAUGUCUAUUCCUGUCGGUUUCAUUCCGGCCGCAGAUGACGAGGGUGUGAUGCUUCCGGUGGGCAUGCAGAUUGUGGGGGGUCUGUGGCAAGAGAAGAAGGUCUUGAAUGUCGGUCACGCGUGGGAAAGCAACUUCCAAUGGCGUGACAUCAAGGCGGGAGAGCAAUCAUCACAGAUAGCGCAUGGAUCUGCGAAGAACGGAACGAGCGUCAAGGCGAACGGUAGACCCAUGACCGAGGUCAACGGGACAAAGUCACCAACACUCAAGCGGGUAAAGCUCUCUGCCUGA